AUGGCACAGCAGGAUGGGGGAUUAUUCAAAUCUAAACUACUUCAGGAUAUUGUGCUUACUAUUGUUAUUUGUGUGAAGUAUCUUUUAAAUGCAAGUCUUGUUGGUAUGGAUUCUAUUUGUAUCGAGACGGUAUCAUAGAAUAUGGGGUAGGUUCAUUAUAGUUGCUUAAACAGUUGCUAAGCUCCUUAUUAGUAAUUAAAUGGCUCUUAUUGCUAAGAUUAUGAUGAUGAAACACCCUGUAUUUUAUAAUAUAGUAAAUAGACUCUGAAUUUUUAGUGAAAGAAUAUACAAGUCAAACAAAAGAUCUCGAAUAAAAUGCAUAAUAUUCUUUAAUAUCUCAAAGUGGAUUAAACCUUUUAAAAGGAUUAGAUAUCUAUUUUUCAUACUGGUAAGGAAAUAGAGUCUUUGGAGGACCUUUGAUAUGGGCAUAGGCUAAAUUUAAAAGGAUUCAUAGUAUAAUAACCCCACAUCAUAGUGUUACAAUUGCAUUUUCUAUUAUAUAUGGACCGUCAUUCCCUUCCGAUGGGAAGUUUAUAUAUAUGAUUGAAAAUCAUACACCAGUUUCCAAAUCAACUACUAAUCAUUCUAAAACUUAUUCUGAUGGCUCAAAAGAGGAUAAAGUAUAUGAAAGAAUCACUCAUAAUACAAAUACAUUAACAAUCACUUGGGAAUGCUUUGGAACAAAUAAUGAACCAAUAACAGCAUAUUGUGGAUUCUAUAAUUAUUAUAUUGCUGUUCAUAAUUGCAAACCUUAUUGUUUGUAAUGCUCAGAUUAAUCUAAAUGUACUUCUUGGAACAGCACUUAUAAUUCCAAUCUCGUUAAAUUUUCUUAAUCGGAGUGUUAGAUUAACCAAUAUUAUGAUAAAGAGUCUGUGUAAUGUUUAAAUUGCCCUUAAUCUUGUUUAACAUGUACAUCUAAAUUAGAUUGUUAAACAUGUUAAUCAACUUAUACUUAAUCUAAAUUAGGAUGUACUUGCACAAUACAUCAAUAUGAAGAAUCAAAUUAAUGUUUUGAUUGUCCAAUUGAAUGUAAUUAAUGUUUGACUUCUACUUAUUGUAUAGAAUGUUUAAAUAGUAAUAAUAGAGAAUUUUCAAAUGGGCAAUGCAAAUGUAUUGAUGGAUAUUUUUCAAUUGCUUCAAAUCCUUAAUGCUAAUUAUGUAAUAAAUUGUGCAAAACUUGUAUUGGACCAACUUCUGAUGAAUGUUUAACGUGCAAUAAUAUUGCGAACAUUGAAAAAGUAGGAUUAACAUGCAGAUGUCCGGCAGGGAAGNUCCUUUAUAAUGAUAUUCCAAUUAAUUGUGGAAUAUAGUUUAAGCUUAAUAAUACUUAUUAUGGAUCUAUUUAUAGAAAUAACUCUGGACUGCAAACCCAUAAAUUGAAAAUCUCUUCAACAAGGAAUUAUGGAUCGUAUUUAACCUAUUCCUAAAGUAUUGUAUAUGAAUUGGUUGCAUAUGUUGAUAUUCCAAAAUAUGGAUUUCUAUUUUCAGCUAUAGGAAAUUAUACUUAAAUAUCAUUCCUCUAAUUUAGAGAUGGCACAGCAGGAUGGGGGAUUAUUCAAAUCUAAACUACUUCAGGAUAUUGUGCUUACUAUUGUUAUUUGUGUGAAGUAUCUUUUAAAUGCAAGUCUUGUUGGUAUGGAUUCUAUUUGUAUCGAGACGGUAUCAUAGAAUAUGGGGUAGGUUCAUUAUAGUUGCUUAAACAGUUGCUAAGCUCCUUAUUAGUAAUUAAAUGGCUCUUAUUGCUAAGAUUAUGAUGAUGAAACACCCUGUAUUUUAUAAUAUAGUAAAUAGACUCUGAAUUUUUAGUGAAAGAAUAUACAAGUCAAACAAAAGAUCUCGAAUAAAAUGCAUAAUAUUCUUUAAUAUCUCAAAGUGGAUUAAACCUUUUAAAAGGAUUAGAUAUCUAUUUUUCAUACUGGUAAGGAAAUAGAGUCUUUGGAGGACCUUUGAUAUGGGCAUAGGCUAAAUUUAAAAGGAUUCAUAGUAUAAUAACCCCACAUCAUAGUGUUACAAUUGCAUUUUCUAUUAUAUAUGGACCGUCAUUCCCUUCCGAUGGGAAGUUUAUAUAUAUGAUUGAAAAUCAUACACCAGUUUCCAAAUCAACUACUAAUCAUUCUAAAACUUAUUCUGAUGGCUCAAAAGAGGAUAAAGUAUAUGAAAGAAUCACUCAUAAUACAAAUACAUUAACAAUCACUUGGGAAUGCUUUGGAACAAAUAAUGAACCAAUAACAGCAUAUUGUGGAUUCUAUAAUUAUUAUAUUGCUGUUCAUAAUUGCAAACCUUAUUGUUUGUAAUGCUCAGAUUAAUCUAAAUGUACUUCUUGGAACAGCACUUAUAAUUCCAAUCUCGUUAAAUUUUCUUAAUCGGAGUGUUAGAUUAACCAAUAUUAUGAUAAAGAGUCUGUGUAAUGUUUAAAUUGCCCUUAAUCUUGUUUAACAUGUACAUCUAAAUUAGAUUGUUAAACAUGUUAAUCAACUUAUACUUAAUCUAAAUUAGGAUGUACUUGCACAAUACAUCAAUAUGAAGAAUCAAAUUAAUGUUUUGAUUGUCCAAUUGAAUGUAAUUAAUGUUUGACUUCUACUUAUUGUAUAGAAUGUUUAAAUAGUAAUAAUAGAGAAUUUUCAAAUGGGCAAUGCAAAUGUAUUGAUGGAUAUUUUUCAAUUGCUUCAAAUCCUUAAUGCUAAUUAUGUAAUAAAUUGUGCAAAACUUGUAUUGGACCAACUUCUGAUGAAUGUUUAACGUGCAAUAAUAUUGCGAACAUUGAAAAAGUAGGAUUAACAUGCAGAUGUCCGGCAGGGAAGUCUUAUUAAGAUUCUACAGAAGCUUGUUUGUCUUGUCAUUUAUCUUGCUUAACUUGCUUUAGAACAACAAUCGAUGGCUGUUUAGCAUGUGAUUCUACUAUAUACAGAAUUUUAAAAGGGUUAAAAUGUGUUUGUGCACCUGGUUAUUAUGAGUUAAGUAAUAUUUGUACAAGUAUCUUUAAUUAUCAUAUUAUAGAUUGUCCAAUUACAGAAGAUUCUACCCUUAUUUAAUGUUAUAAAUUAUGUAAUAAUAAUUAAUAAAAAUGGCAUACUUUUACUUGUAGUUCUUGUGAUACUGGGUUUCAUUUAGUGUCUGGAGAAUGUCAGCCCAUUUGUGGAGAUUUAUAAAUAAAAGGAUAUGAAUAAUGUGAAGAUAAUAAUACAAUUCUUAAUGAUUUAUGCUUUAAUUGUUAAUAUUAAUGUCCAGCUCAUUGUUUAACUUGUAAUUAAUCAACUACAUUGCCUUGUCCUGAUGUUUGUGGAGAUGGAAUUAUUACAGGAAUUGAAGAAUGUGAGGAUGGAAAUUCUAUUGAAUAUGACGGUUGUUAUAAUUGUAAAUAUUAAUGUUAACCUUAAUGUACAAAGUGUAUAAAAGGAUAAUGUUUUGAGUGUGCAACUGCUGGUUGGUAUAUUGAUCCUACUAUUACUCCUUGAUAAUGCAAAGAAAAAUGUGGAGAUUUACUAAUAGUUGGAAGCGAAUAAUGCGAUGAUGGAAACACUUCUGAUAAAGAUGGUUGCAAAGAUUGUAGGUAUUUCUGUAGAAUUGAUUGUUCUUCUUGUGAUUAUACAACCAAUGAAUGCUUAAGUUGUGAUUUCCCUGGGUUUGUUCCGACUUCUUAUUAUUGUCAAAAUGUAUGUGGAGAUGGUUUAGUCGUAGUAGAUCCUUAUGGAUUCAAUUCAGAGUAAUGUGAGGAUGGUAAUACAAUUAAUUAUGAUGGCUGCAGUAGCACUUGUUAAUUUUAAUGUUAGUCAACAACUAUUUGCACAAGUUGCAAAAGUAAUAGAUGUGAAACAUGCGCCGCUGGAUAUUAUCUUUCUAAUCAAAAAGUAUGUAUAACAAUUUGUGGAGAUUCUCUGUUUGUGGCUGCUGAACAAUGUGAGAGUUCAUUGGUAUUACCAUAUAAGGGUUGUUAAAAUUGUUAAAUAAAAUGUCAAAAUUCUUGCCUCGCUUGUGAUACAACUGGGAAUGGUUGCUUAUCAUGUAAAACUGGUUACAUUAGAAUCAAUUAUUUAUGUUAUUCAAUAUGUGGCGAUAAAUAAUAACCGAAGAUGAAGAAUGUGAUGAUGGCAAUUUAAUUUAUGGAGAUGGAUGUCAUUUCUGUCAAUUUAGUUGCUAGGAUUCCUGUCUCAAUUGUCUAGAAGGAAUCUGCUUUGAUUGUUAAGCAGGUUACCAAUUAAUAUAAUCCAGAUGCUACUCUAAAUGCGGAGAUGGUCUUUUGAAAUAUAAUGAAUAAUGUGAUGUUACUACUUCAUUGUAGAUUUAUAAAAAUUGUUAAUCUUGUGUAUUUAGAUGUGAUAAGAAUUGCUCCUUGUGUUAACUUGGUAUAUGCUAACUAUGCGAAGACGGAUAUGAGUUAUCCUCAAACAAACAAUAUUGUGUUAAAUCUCUAUAGUCUAGUAUUACGAUAAUUGAAAACUGUAGCAUACAAAUUGGGAGCAGUUGUAUUAAAUGUUAAAAUUAUGCUUACUUUGAAAAAACAUUGUAGAAGUGCAAUUUAAAAGUAGCACCUUUAAGUUUCUGUCAAUAUUAACUUAAAUCAUUGUUAAAUAAUUUAAAAGUAAUUAUAUCUCCUAAUUUAUAUUGCAAUCACUGUUUUGAUUACUGUGCAGCUUGUAAUUAAAAUAAUUGUAUAGAUUGUCAAAAUGGGUAUUAUUUAGAUAAAAACUUUUCUUGUAUUUCACAUUGUGGAGAUGGAAUACUCGCACAUGAUGAACAAUGUGAAAUUUAUGAUAAAAAUUGCUUAAGUUGCAUGUUUGAUGCUCCAAAAAAAUGUGAAUUAUAUUUUAAAGAUCAAUGCUUUGAAUGUGAAUAUGGAUUCUAUUUUAAUUAGUAUAAUAAUGCAUGUGAAUCCUAGUGUGGAGAUGGAAUUAUAGUUCACGAUGAAGACUGUGAAGAUAAUAACUAUAUAGAAUUUGAUGGUUGUUAUUAAUGUAAAUAUUCUUGUAGUUAAUUCUGUAUAAAUUGUUUAGAUGGGGUAUGCUAAUAAUGUGAUCAAUAUUAUUUACUUAGGGAUGGAUUUUGUUAUGGUAAACAUAAUCAAAUUGAUUUAUUUAAAGAUUGUUAAUUUAACUUAAAUAGAAAUUGUUUAAUUUGCAAGGAAGGUUAUCAGCUGAAUGAGUAUGGUGAUUGUAUUCCUAAAUGUUCAUAAAGCUGCCUUCAUUGUUAUAAUGGUUAAUGUUAUUAAUGUGAAGAACAAUAUGAACUUAAUUAGAAUAGAUGCUUUUUGAUCUAGUAAUGUUAAUUAGGUUUGUAUUUUAAUUAAGAUUUAUAAAUUUGUUAAUCUUAAUGUGGUGAUGGAUAUAUAACUGAAUGGGAAGAAUGCGAUGAUUAAAACUUAGAAAAAUUUGAUGGUUGCUUUUAGUGCAAAUAUGAAUGUGAUGAUAAUUGUAUUUAAUGUAUAUAUGGAGAAUGUUUUCGAUGUUCUUAAGAAUUUGUUUUAGUUGAAAAUAAAUGCUUAUCAAAAUGUUAAGACAUUUGUCUUAAUUGUACCUAAGGAGCAUGUUAAUUAUGCAUUGGUGGUUAUUUCUUGAAUGAAUAUUCUAUUUGUAUCAAAAUUGACUGUGAAUAUGAUUUCAGUUGUACUUCAUACUGCGGAAAUGGCAUUAUAGACGAUAUGGAAUAGUGUGAUGAUCAAAAUCUAUUUAAUGAUGAUGGUUGUAACAAUUAUUGUGAAUAAACUUGUGAUGUUAAUUGCACACGUUGUAUUGAUGGUGUGUGCUUUGAGUGUAAAGAAGGUUGGAAAUUAGAUUCAUUCUUUUGUGAUCCGAUUUGUGGAGAUUUAAUUGUUGUUGGAAAUGAAGAAUGCGAUGAUGGUAAUUAGAUUAGUGUUGAUGGGUGCUUUUUAUGUAAAUUAUAAUGUACUCAAAACUGUGAAAAUUGUUUGUAUGGAAUUUGUCAAGCUUGUUAGCAAGAUUAUGAGUUUGAUUCAUUAAAUAAUUUAUGUAGACCAAUUCAACCCUUACUUACAAGUUAAAAUUGUCAAUUAUUAAAUAAUAACUAAUGUAUUGAUUGUUAAUUUGGAUAUCUUGAUUAGAUUACCAGCACUUGCAUAAUUGAUUAUAAUAUGAACAAAUGCUUUAAGUAUUGUAAAGAGUGUGUACUUUCGAAAUGCUUAGAAUGUGAAUUUGGUUAUUAUGGAAACAAUUGUAUGCCUAAAUGUGGAGAUGGUAUAAUAGUCUAAGAGGAGGAAUGCGAUGAUGGAAGUGAAUACUAAUUAGAUACUUGCUUAAAUUGUUAAUACUAAUGUCCUCAAUAUUGUUAGUCGUGUGGUUAUGGCAUUUGUACUAAUUGCUUUUCAGGGUUCUAUUUGGAUAUUGUAAGUAAUUCAUGCAAUUCUGUAUGCGGUGAUUAAAUCCUGACAAGUGAUGAAGUUUGUGAUGAUGGCAAUCAAUUGGAAUUUGAUGGUUGUUUCUAGUGUAAAUUUUAAUGUCAAAUUGAGUGUUUAGAUUGUUUUUUUGGAUAGUGUAUGUAAUGUGAAUCACCAUUUAUACUUUAUGAAUCAACAGGCUAUUGUCAUAAACUAAAAUCAUGUGAAGAUUUAAUAGGACUAUAUUAUGAUAAAUAAAGUAAUGAUUGCUUGCCAUAAUGUGGGGACGGUAUUGUUGCAGGUAAUGAAGAGUGUGAUGAUGAAAAUAAUGUUCCUUAAGAUGGAUGCUAUGAAUGCAAAUUUUAAUGCACAAAAUAUUGCCAAGUAUGCAAAGAUGGUAUAUGCUUUAUGUGCGAUAAAGAUUAUAAUUUAGAUAAUAAUGAAUGUAUUUUAUAUAAAGAAUAAGAUGAUCUUAAUACUAGCAUUAAUAAAGAAACCUAAUAUAAUGAUAAGAGCAGUAACAAUACAAGUGGUAAUAGUAAAAGCGGUAACAAUACAAGUAGUAACAGUAAAAGCGGUAACAAUGCAAGUAGUUACUAUACAAGUAUCUAUGGUUAAAAUCCAGAAAUUUCGUCAUUAAGUGAAAAUUUAAUAUGUCGUGAAAAUGAAUGCGCAUACUCUAAAAAACCCAGCAUGAUUCUUGCUUAUAAAUUGCAAUCCUUUGCUCUUUAGUAUGUUGAAAUUACAUUUGAUUAAGAAGUCAAAUUUAGUGAUUAUUUUGAAAAAGACAGAAAUCUAUUUGACCUGAGCAUAAUUGAUUUAGAUUCCUAGUAUUAUAAUAUCACGAUCAAUUCAAUUAAAGAUAUCUCAUUUGAUCUUCAAAAUGCUUCGUACUCGGUUUAAAAUGAAAUACUAUUAUAACUUUAGACAAAACCAGUUCUUCUAGUUUAGUUGAAUCAAGAAAUUGUUAACUCAAACGAUUAAUCAUUUUCUUCGCCUAAUUAAUCAAUUACUAUAUAAGCCCCAAAAAUAAUCUCAAAAUAAUUAAAAUAAGUAACUGUUUAUGCUUAAUAAUCCAAUAAAGCAUUUGUGAUUGGAGCAAUAUCUAUUUGUGUAAUUUCUUUAGUUUCUGGUGAUAGUUCUUUUGUUGUUGA